UGCGUGUUUUAUUAACUCUAAAGAUGAAUUAUGAUUAUAUUCAUAACAUGAUAAUGUUAUGAUAGAUAACUGAUAAAAAAUAAUACUAAUCCCUCUGCGCAGAGUUUAUUAGUUUGAUACGCCGAACCGGUCGUAAACCAUAUCGCUAGCGCUGUCAAAAGUCGUCUAGCACAAGUUACAUUAAGGAAAUCGAUUCAAGUAUCGCCAAAGUUAAGCAGAAGUAUGGUGACCGACGGGAAUACUAUAUUAGCCGAAAGUUUAAAGAAACAAGGCGUAGAAUAUGUAUUUGGUAUUGUGGGUAUACCCGUAAUUGAGACCGCAAUGGCAUUCCAAGUGGCGGGCCUCAAGUAUAUUGGAAUGCGCAAUGAACAGGCUGCUGCUUACGCUGCACAAGCUAUUGGAUACCUGACAGGAAAGCCCGGAGUAUGCCUAGCGGUGUCGGGCCCAGGAUUGCUGCACUGUGUUGGUGGCAUGGCCAAUGCACAGGUGAACGCGUGGCCGCUUCUGGUCAUCGCUGGCUCCUGCGCUGAGGACCAUGAGGGCAUUGGAGGGUUCCAGGAAUGGCCGCAGGUAGACUCCUCGCGCCCGUACUGCAAGUACGUGGCGCGUCCGCCGUCAGCGCGCCUGAUCCCACUCCACGUGGAGAAGGCCGUGCGACUCGCGUCCGCCGGCAGGCCUGGAGCCGCCUACCUCGACAUGCCUGGGACAUUGCUGCUGAGUGAAGUCGAAGAAGAGAAAGUGCCAGAACUCUACAACGCAGAAACAGUCAAGCUUGCCCACCCCGACCCGGCGUUAGUGGCUCGCGCGGCCGAGUUACUGUCCAAGGCUGAACGACCACUGGUCAUCGUAGGCAAGGGGGCUGCUUACGCCAGAGCUGAGAACUCACUGAGGAAACUGGUCGCCGAUACUGGGCUACCCUUCCUGCCUACCCCCAUGGGUAAAGGCGUGGUCCCGGACACAUCCGCACACUGCGUCUCCACCGCUCGUACUCAAGCACUACUCAAAGCUGACGUGAUCCUACUACUCGGCGCACGGCUUAACUGGAUGCUGCACUUCGGACAAACUCCACGAUUCGACCCCAAAGUCAAGAUCAUUCAGGUGGACAUCAGCCCCGAAGAAUUCCACAACAGCGUGCAAUCCGAAGUGGCAGUGCACUCGGACAUCCGGCCGUUCGUGGAAGCGCUGUCGGCCAAACUGAAAGAGAAGGCGUUCUCGCUGUCUCCCUCGCACGCCUGGUGGCAGGCGCUCGCGCAGAAGCAGAAGGCCAACACGGAGUUCGUCGCGGCUCAAGCCAACGACAUGUCAACUCCGCUGAACUACUUCGCGGUAUUCAAGGCAGUACAAGAAGCCAUCCCCAAGGAUUCCAUCAUCGUCAGUGAGGGCGCCAAUACCAUGGACAUUGGGCGAGGGUUGCUGCUCAACGAUCUGCCUCGGCAUAGGCUCGAUGCCGGCACUUUUGGAACCAUGGGGGUAGGCCCUGGGUUCGCGGUGGCGGCGGCGCAGUGGUGCCGCGACCACGCGCCCGGCAAGCGCGUCGUCUGCGUCGAGGGCGACUCGGCUUUCGGCUUCUCGGGAAUGGAAAUCGAGACGAUGUUCCGCUACAAGCUGCCGGUAAUCAUCAUCAUCGUGAACAACAACGGCAUCUACAGCGGCUUCGACAAGGAAGUCAUGGCCGACAUUCAGUCCGGUGGCGACCCCGCGCAGUCCACCCCGCCGACCGCGCUCAGCGUGCAAGUCCGCUACGAGAAGAUGAUGGAGAUGUUCGGCGAGACUGGCCACCUGUGCCGCACCGUGCCCGAGAUCCAGCAGGCCAUCAGCGCGGCCGUCGCCGUCACCGACCGGCCCAGCAUCAUCAACAUACUCAUCAACCCGUCCAGCAGCAGGAAACCGCAGGCCUUCAACUGGCUUACUGAGUCCAAGCUGUAG